AGUGAGGGGGACCUGAUCCCUUCCUGCCUGGUGCUGAGGCCAAGGGACUGGGGGUCAAGGCAAGAUGGGUUGGAAUGGUGGACAGAUAGGGAGAGGGCUGCUGGGAUCAGAAGCUGGUGGCGUGGGGGCAGAAGGAGACUCUUCAAGAGAUCCAGGCUGCUUUCCUCUCUUUUCAUUCGAGAACACUCAACAAAACAGGGGCUUGGGGAUCAGCACCCCGGACUGGCUGUGUGAUCUGGAGUGGAUCACUCACCCAUUAAAGAGCAGCAUUAAAUGAGGGGGUUGUUGGGGGCAUCCAGAGCCUGUGAGUUUGAAAAUCCCAGGACUCUGAGCAUCAGCGCUCCCAAGAGGAGAGGUGCUGGGAAGCCCCAGGGAAAGCUAACUAGGAAGGAGCAUGCCUGCUUUCAGCAAAUUCCCUCUGAGCAAGCCACAUUGGGGUGUUUUCAAGCUGCAUUGGUUGACACCUUGGGUUCCUGUGGCCCUUCAUGGUUUGUCCAGUGAGUAUGUUCCUGUCCUGUCGUUCCCAGAAGGCAUCUGGAAGCUUCUCUCCCACCUGGGUCCAGAGGGAGAGACAGCAGUUUGCACCCUCAAGAGCCAAGGAAAGGAGACACGUGGCAAAGUCAUCUCUCCAACCCCCACAACCAUGACUUUCACCCCAGUGCCACUGGAGGACACGACGACACGCCCUGAGUUCUGCAAGUGGCCAUGUGAGUGCCCACAGUCCCCACCUCGCUGCCCACUGGGCAUCAGCCUAAUCACAGAUGGCUGUGAAUGCUGUAAGAUAUGUGCCCAGCAGCUCGGGGACAACUGUACAGAGGCUGCCAUCUGUGACCCACACCGGGGCCUCUACUGCGAUUACAGUGGGGACCGCCCGAGGUACGCAAUAGGAGUGUGUGCACAGGUGGUCGGUGUGGGCUGCGUCCUGGAUGGCGUGCGCUACGCCAAUGGCGAGUCCUUCCAGCCCAACUGCAGGUACAACUGCACCUGUAUCGAUGGCACGGUGGGCUGCACGCCACUGUGCCUGAGCCCCAGACCCCCGCGCCUCUGGUGCCGACAGCCCCGGCAUGUGAGAGUACCUGGCCAGUGCUGCGAGCAGUGGGUAUGUGACGAUGAUUCAAGGAGACCACGGCAGACAGCGUUGCUGGACACUAGAGCCUUUGCAGCUUCAGGCACAGUGGAGCAAUGGCAUGGGAACUGCAUAGCCUACACUAGCCCCUGGAGUCCUUGCUCAACCACCUGUGGCCUAGGAAUCUCAACUCGGAUCUCCAAUGUCAAUGCCCGGUGCUGGCCAGAGCAAGAAAGUCGCCUCUGCAACCUGCGGCCAUGUGAUGUGGACAUUCAUUCACACAUCAAGGCCGGGAAGAAGUGUCUAGCUGUGUACCAGCCAGAGGAGCCCACGAACUUCACUCUUGCAGGCUGUGUCAGCACGCGCACCUACCGACCCAAGUACUGUGGAGUCUGCACUGACGACAGGUGCUGUAUCCCCUACAAGUCCAAGACCAUCGCUGUCACUUUCCAGUGUCCAGAGGGGCCGGGUUUCACCCGUCAGGUCCUAUGGAUCAAUGCUUGCUUCUGCAACCUGAGCUGUAGGAAUCCAAAUGAUAUCUUUGCUGACUUGGAAUCCUACCCUGACUUCUCAGAGAUUGCCAAUUAGGUAGGUCUGUGGCUCGGGGUAAAGCAGCCAGCCCUCUGCGGCCCAGGACUUCACAACUGAGCCUUAUUUCAUCUACUUCCUACUCAAUUCUGAAUUCCCUGAUCCCAACCCUCAGUCUCUGUUCCUAUUUUGACCAUCCCAAUGGCCCAGGAGAGCACAGCUCAGGCUCAGGCAAUGUGUCUUUCCUUGGGGAUGUUCUACAUCACUCCAAAGAAAACCCAUCUCUGACUGCUCAAGAGGAAUCCUAAGCCUGACCCAGCCUGUCUGGCUCCGGCCUGCUCAAGUUGUCAGAAAUCCUGAGGAGGCUGCCCAAGGAACAGAGUCAGCUGAAGAGCCAACAUCACAGACUCCUCCUUCAGAUGCCAAACCUGAUGAUGAUGUUGGGGUCCUUCUAGACAGACAUAUGGGACAAGGGACACAGGAAUAAGCCAUUAUUUGGGCCUUGCUAAAUGAUACUAUCAUGGGCAUUUCUGUCCACAACACACCAAAAGUGCUCUCGUUCCAAAGAUCUUUUGUACCACAAGGUCACCAAACAUUUUCCAAGUGAGGUCAAUGGUUGUGCCAGUUUGCUUUGCAAUAGAAUGUCAUUUCCAUUAACCUGGGCAUAACUGAGGAUACAUUUCUCUUAUCCCUGUAGUGUGAAGGCUCAAAUUGGGUUCAUGAUGAUCAGAAAUAUAAUUUGAGAAGUUUUAUUGGCUGGUAGGUGACAACCCCCAAUUCAUCCUACAGAGAUGGGGCAAGGCCAGCCAAUCUCACAGACCACAGCUGAUCAGUCAUUGAAACUGUUGCUGACCAAAUUCUUAGGGCAAUUAGCAACUCUUUCUAAGAUCUGAGCCUCCCUUGGGCUGGGGCUCCUGGGAAUUGGUUGGGACCUCGGGGUGGCCUGUCUGUUGUCUCAGCAGCACCCUGGAACAGUGGGAUGACGAGACAUUGUUCUCAUAGGCCUUGGAAGAUUCUUUGGAAGUCUAGACCAGACUGAGCAGGAUGUAUGUGUCAAACAUAUCAGUAGUUCAUCCUUCACUGGCCUGGGUGGCCUCUGGCAGGAGUGGUGAGGCCACAAUAGUCCCUCGGCCCAGGAUACAUCUCUUUUGUUUUAGUGACCUACUUCACUGUGGCCUUAGUGGCUGUGGAGCAAAAUAGCUCAGUUUUCUAGUCUGAAGAUGGAAGUUGACCAACUGUUUAGAAAUGGAAAUCUAUUUAACAGAGGUAAGGACCAAAGAGUUUGUAAGUUGAAGAAAGAGAUUUCUCCCAAUGAUAAUGAGGCUAUUGUUUAUUUUAGCAGUAGAAUGUAAAUUUUCCUGUCAUCAUUCUUUUACUGAGUUCUAUGUGCUACCCAUUAUUCUCAAUAUUUGCCACAUAUUUCCUCAUUGAAGCUUUGUGAUCACAUUGAGGAGUUCCCUUCAUAAUUUCUGUUCUUGAAACUGUGAAAUGGAAGCCCAAAGAAGAAACUCAACCAAAGUCACUCAUCUGGAGAUUCGUGUCCCGGAUAGAUUAACUUCAUAAUUCAUAUUUCCUCUUUGCAUCUGGACCUUCCUAACAUGUCAGGGUAGGAAAGUCAACUGAAAUCAUCAACUUGUCCUUCUCAGUUUGGCCUCUUAAUACUGUCUCUCUAGCUGCUUUCCCACAAGAGGGGAGUGUUUAAGUAUUAAGCAUCCAAACUAAGUAGGACAGGAAAAAGCCAUGUGCAUCCCCCGUGGCUCCUCAUGCCUUGAAAUCAGAACGAGCUCACGACAGGGAUUUAUAAGAUGGGUUCUGCUUUCCCGGUACCACACAUUUGCAGUGGUGGCAACAUGCCUGUGGGAGAAUUAUACACAACACAUAAAUGGAUUCCUAAGUGGGAAAGGGGACGUGAGAUUUCCCCACCCUCCUGUAACCUCCCAAAGGCAUGGCCUUGCACAAGGCAAACCACGGUGCUCAAGAUGUAUUUUAGGAAAAUACAUUAUAUAUACACUCCUACUUUUCCUUAGAAGCACUCUUCUUCCAAGAUCUCAUCUUACCAGUGAAAAUCCUCUACUAAAGGAGGCUCAUUGCUUUGAAUAAAUGUAUGUUCAUAUGUGUAAAGGAGCUUGCAUGUAAAGAUAUGUUACCCCUGGAAAUAAUUACUUAUGUAAGUAUUUUGUGGAUCAUGUUAGAUUUUCUUAGAUUAGUAAAACCUGUCUUAAUAUCUAACUCUGAAAUAACUUCCAUAGAAGCCAUAAGCUAGGGUCUUACCAGGUAUCCACCCUUAUUUGGGGAAACUAUGAUCAAAGAAGGCUCAGUUAGAGGAGUUAGGGUGAUCCUGGGAAUAGAAAGGAGGGAUGGCCAAAGUCACUGAGUUAUUAUUGGUUUGGAGAAAUGGACCUAGCCUACAUCCAGAUCAGAGGAACUGUCUUAGAACCAAGAACUAAAGUCCCAGAGAAGAAGAUGUAAAUGCAAUGUAAAGAAAUUCUUUCUAAUAAUAAUAAUAAAAUAAUAAAGCCUGUAGUGGUGUAUCCUGGUUCAAGGAAAGUUAAGAAUAGCAAUCACAGUUAAAACAACAACAACAAAAGUCCAUGUAUUGAUAGCUUGUUUGGUGCUAAGCACCACAGUGCAUUUUAUCAAUUAGUAGAGCUAUGCUCAAUACACAACCUUCCUCCAUUCGAUAAAUAGAAACUCUGAAGCUCAAAGAGACUGGGCGGCUGAGGCUCAGACCGACACUUACUCCACUCUACCGUGGGAAGAGAUCUAGACAGAACCUACGUGACUGCUACGGGGUCUCCCAUAAGCAAGGCUUUAAAUCCAUACCCUCCCUGACAAUGCUUAGAAACAAAGAAAAGGAGCAACGAUAAGGAGUUAACCUGCCGUGAAGAAAUUAACUGCAGCACAGAGAGUGAAUUUUUUGGGUGUGCUUACUCGUGAGAGAGACAACUAGCAGCUUAUGAAGCCUUCACUUAGCAUUCGGAGAGCCCUGAGCACGCCUCGACCAAGACUGCUGCUCUGUGCUUUAUUGGCAUAGCUCUCUUAAUUCCUCCCAUGAGCUCAGGAGUUAUGGUGUCACCACUGCCCAUUGGAGGGCUGAGAUAGCAAGGGAUCCAGGAGUUAAGUAAUUUGCUCAAGUUCUUACCAACCAGGGCACUGCAGACAAGCUCCAAAGCCUAGGAUCAUGUGACACCCAUGCCAUUUCUCAUGCCACUCAGACUACUUAUCUGCUCUCAACCAAAGGCUCCAGAGUCACAAGAGGUGCUUUACAGGUCCUGGUGUUGAAAUUUUAAUUUUGAGGGUGAUUAGAGAUUGAUCAAAGAAAGUAAUUUCAAAUGAUAUGACUGUCUGUAAUCACCCUGAUUAAUUUUUGGCCGUGUAUGCAUGGAGAUUGUGGAGAACAUUACAACCUCUGACCCAUGGUGUUGACUCAUGUCAUUUUUUUUUUUUAAAGACUUGUUUUUGACUCAAAGGAACUACAGUGACAGCCCUGAAUGGCUGGGAAGCAGGAAUGGCCAUGAUUAGCUGUGUGUCCCUGCGUAGGUGUGUGUGUGUGUGUGUGUGUGUGUGUGUGUGUGUGUGUGUGUGUGUGCAUUUGAAUAUGUGUAUCUAUUUUCAGACUGUGAUUGAGUAUUUAAAUAUUCCUACUGCCAUUUUGUAAGUGAAUACACAUGAAGAAAUGUCUUUAGAUUUCCCAAUAGAGGAAAAAUAGCCCUUGGGCAGCCUGUCAUGUUCUACCACAUUCCUCAUUUUUCUCAUGAUUUGUGUAGCAGGGAAUGUGUUUGUUCACCCGUGAUGGGUUUUCAUUGUUCAAAUUCUUUGUUUACAGCUUUUCUCCUUAAAGCAAUAAAUCAUCCGCAAAAGUGA